GAGAGAGAGCAGCUCUGUGCCAGAGUCCAUCGGCUGCAGGAACGGGCAGCCAGAAACAGCUUCUACCCAAACAUUUCUCUACAUCAGCAGACGCAUAUAUCUGCCGCCUCCACGCCUCGGUACUUAUCGCUGUCCUCUGUGACCGGGCCUCACUCAGCGCUCACACCGUGGUGGAUCAGAACGUUCUUCCAGAUGAUCCAUUCAUGAAGCAAACCGCUCGGACCUGCGACCCACUGCGCAUGCUCCGCCCACAGUUUCUCUCCAAGUUAACGUAAAGACGGAACAUUUUUAACGGUUAAAGAUGACGACUUCGUGGAGUGACCGUCUGCAGAACUGUGCUGAGCUACCAGCCAACAUGGACGGCAUGGCUAUGAAGAAGUAUCGACGCGAAGCUCACCAUAGCUUUCCGAGGGAUCUGGCUCAUCCUGCAAUGAGAGUGUUUGUCAAUCGGAGCCUGGCCAUGGAAAAAAUCAAGUGCUUUGGAUUUGACAUGGAUUAUACUCUUGCAGUGUAUAAAUCUCCAGAGUACGAGUCGCUGGGCUUCGAGCUGACCGUGGAGCGUCUGGUUUCCAUUGGUUAUCCCCAAGAGCUGCUAAACUUUGUCUAUGAUCCCUCCUUCCCCACCAGAGGACUGGUCUUUGACACCAUGUUUGGCAACCUGCUCAAAGUGGAUGCCUACGGGAACAUUCUGGUGUGUGCACACGGGUUCAACUUCCUGAGGGGACCUGAGAUCAGAGAGAUGUACCCCAACAAAUUCAUCCAACGAGGAGACACCGACCGCUUCUACAUCCUGAACACACUCUUUAACCUGCCAGAAACGUACCUAUUCGCUUGUCUGGUGGAUUUCUUCAGUAACUGUCCCAGAUAUGCAAGUUGUGAAUCUGGCUUCAAAGAUGGCGACCUGUUCAUGUCGUACAAGAGCAUGUUCCAAGAUGUGCGAGAUGCUGUGGACUGGGUGCACUUCAAGGGAUCCUUAAAAGAGAAGACAGUUGAGAACCUGGAGAAGUAUGUGGUGAAGGAUCCGAAGCUCCCUCUGCUCCUCAGCCGCAUGAAUGAAGUAGCUAAAGUAUUUCUGGCCACCAACAGUGAUUAUAAGUACACUGAGAAAAUUAUGACCUACCUGUUUGACUUUCCUCAUGGUCCAAAGCCGGGCGCAACUCACCGGCCCUGGCAGUCCUACUUUGACCUCAUCUUGGUGGAUGCCCGCAAGCCCAUGUUCUUCGGGGAGGGUACUGUUCUGCGGCAAGUUGACACUACCACAGGUCGGCUGAAGAUCGGCACAUACACUGGACCUCUCCAGCAUGGAAUCGUUUACUCUGGAGGAUCCUCAGACAUUGUGUGUGACUUGCUGGGCGCAAAAGGAAAGGACAUCAUCUACAUUGGAGACCACAUUUUUGGAGACAUUCUCAAGUCCAAGAAGCGUCAAGGCUGGAGAACCUUUCUGGUUAUUCCUGAGCUGGCCCAGGAGCUUCAUGUGUGGACUGACAAGAGUGCCAUUUUUGAGGAACUUCAGUCACUUGACUGCUUCCUUGCUGAUCUUUACAAGCAUCUGGACAGCAGCAGCAAUGAGAGACCUGACAUCAGUUCACUGCAGAGGCGCAUCAAGAAAGUGACUCAUGACAUGGACAUGUGCUAUGGCAUGAUGGGAAGCCUGUUCCGCAGUGGAUCCCGACAGACGUUGUUUGCCUCCCAAGUGAUGCGCUACGCGGACCUGUACGCCGCCUCCUUCAUCAACCUGCUCUACUACCCCUUCAGCUAUCUGUUCAGGGCUGCACAUGUACUGAUGCCGCAUGAGUCGACGGUGGAACAUUCACACGUCAAUCUUAUCGACACCGAGUCGCCGCUCGCCACCCGCAACCGCCGUGACUUCGAUGUCAAAGAAAUGGAGAUCAAACGGCACCAGCUAACCCGAUCCAUCAGUGAGAUCCAGCCGCCUCACCUAUUCCCCCAGGCUCCCCAGGAGAUCACCCACUGCCAUGACGAGGAUGACGACGAAGAAGAGGAGGAGGAGGAGGAAGAGGAGUAAAAGAAGCAAAUGAGCCUUUUUUCUUUUGCCAUUCAGCAUGUUUUAUUUGAAUCUUUGUUUUUAUUAAAGUUUAGACUGGCUGAUGGAGUUUAACGUUCAGAAGAACCUGUACAGGUUUGCUGGUUUCACCAUGUUCUGCUGUAGACCUACAUGGUCUGGGUCCAUUGAAAGGUGGACAUCAUAAAGUGAGUCUGGGUCGUGUUGUUUCUGGUAAAAGAUCCAGGCAUUAAAAGUCCAGUUCAUGGAGUAUCUGGUCUGCUUUAGUCGCAUUGUGUGUUCCAGUCUUUGACGGUUCCUGGUGGUGUUUGUUCAGCCAUCAGCUGCUCCUCUGAGGUGGACCUCUUUUUCACUGCCGUGCUUCUCUUUUUCGCUUUUUCUGCAGCAUUGUGCACACCGCUGCCAGAUCAUACAUGACAGCAAAGAAGAACCAAUAGAAUAGAAAUAUUCUGUAUUGUCCCACAAUGCGGUAAUUCAGCCAUACCAGCAGCAAAAGGAGAUGCAAAUGGAAGCAUGUAGAUGCAUAGGAGGGUAAAAAUGAUCAAAACAACAGCUAAGACUAAGGGUCUGUACAGUAGGGGACAUUUACAACAUAAGAAAAUAUUCUACUGUAUGCAAUGUUUUGGGACCACAUUCCUACAGCGUCGUGAUGUUUGUCCAAAAUUGGCCUCUGAUGCAGAAUUCUGCAGUAAGGAUCCAGCGCGAUCACACAGUAACCUGGCAUAACCCAGUGUUUGAGUGGUUGGAACAUGUUUGUUAUGUUGUUGAUUUUCCAUAUGUUGGUAACUGGGCCAGACCUGACCGGUCUCCCGUUCUGUCCUGCUGGUACUGUAAUGGGAGAGCGCCGGCAUCAUUCCUGAUCCCGUCAUGUCUGGACUGUAAGUUUCACUGUUCUGUUACUGCUCAUUUGUUUUUCCUGUCUGCUUUAAGCAGACCAGAGGCCCAGACUGCUGCAGUGCCGUCGCUGCAGGCAGAUGGUACCUGGACUGAAAUGGAUGACAUCCGCUUUUAUCCUGCUGCUCGUUAGAGCUUUUUCAGCCCUGUUGCAUGCUGGGACGUUCAGCCGCUGGAGUUCAGGAGAACUCUUUACUGUAGAGGAAAGGAGUCAAUAUUUUAGCUUUACCUUUUAUCUCACAGAGCAGUUGAGCUGCUGGAAGGUUGGAAGUCAAGUUGGCCAAAUCAGUGUUAACCUGCAGCCUUUCAUGCAUGUCUUCAUGCUGCCUACUUAUAUUUUUGCUGUUUGUUGACAUUCUUGGAAUGUUGAAUUAUUUUAAUAAAAAUCUAAUUUUAAACAUU